GCCUCUUCUUCAGUCGAGUUUGCUCUCUUCCAUCUCUCUCGCUUCCGUGGUUUGCUCAGAGGUCGCCAUUGCAGAGGAUUUAUAAGGUCGAAGAUCAAACCGGAUGUCGGGGGACAAGCGGAACAUUCUUGAUCACUACCGCCGACAGCUCGCUGCGAAGUUUGAGUUGAAGCGGAAGCUUUACAAAGCCGUUUGCAAUGAUCCGAGUCUUCCCAAUGAUGUGCGAGAAGAGCAGCGUUAUAAGCUGUCGAAGUUGCCCAGAAACAGUUCAUUUACUCGACUGAGGAAUCGCUGCAUUUUCACCGGCCGGCCUAGGGCUGUCUACCAGCUUUUCCGUGUUUCUCGUAUCGUUUUCCGUGAUCUGGCGUCCAAAGGUCUUAUAAUGGGUGUCAAGAAAUCCUCCUGGUAGAUUUUGGUUGAUGGUAGAAAAGGCUUUUGUUAUUGGGGAUCGAUUAGCAUUGUUGCGUUCUUAUACUUCUACGUGAUAAUCUCUUUAAUAUCUGCAGAAAUUAAUUAUAGACACUGAAAGAGAGAUGUUAAUUGUAAGUUCCUUUGACAUGUGCAUUCAUGCCCAUUUAAGUGCAUGACCAAGUAAAGGCUUCAUUUGUUAUUCAAUAAGCAUUUUCGGUUGAGUUGGUUGCACUAUCUCUGUUAUUA